AUGGCAACGACAGUAGUCGUCUCCCUACCAUCAACGACCGUCGUCAGUAAGGUGUUAGUAAAGCCCCAGCCGCUCCAAGUUCCUACGGUGUUGCCUGAUAUCGCCAUCCUUCAAGCUAAUGUCCAAGUCCCGUUUGCUGCCAUCGGUAAACUCUUUGACUACUUGCGGGCCAAUCCUGCUGUUGCUGCCCGCUUGAACCAGGUCUACCCAACUCGCGGCAUCUUCAAGAACGCAGCAACCACCAACCCCAUCUCGGAUCAGAAGCUCACCAUCGAUCUCUCUCCAAAUCGCAUCUCUCAUAUUCCGGCGUAUCUUCAGGCUGCUUUGAUGCCUCAUGGAUUGACCGAGGUUUUAGACUUCUUCAAUGCCGUCACCGGAACCUACCUGGACUCCAUUCUCGGGGCUCUUUCUGCCACUAUCAAUGUCGAUCUCGGCGCCAUUCACAAAUCUCACAAUGUCAACUUCCGCCUGUGUGAUUACACACCCGACACUGCGAGUGCCACCAGCGAGAACGGCUGCGGUGCCCAUCGUGACUACGGCACAUUCACCAUCAUCUUCCAAGACGGCAUUCAGGGCCUCGAGAUCGAAGAUCCAGCCAAUCCCGGUGUUUGGCAACCCAUCCCUGCCGAUGCCACAGUCGUCCUCUGCGGCUGGUGUGCCCAUAUUAUCUCUGGCGGCAAACUCAACGCAGUCAGACAUCGAGUCCGCCGCCAACCGGGUACGCGAAGACUCAGCGCCGUCCUGUUUGUUGCUCCAGAUCUCAACGUCGCAUUAAAACCCAUGGUUGCAGGGAUGCCGGCCGUCAACUUUUCGGACAAGAUCCUCGCUGGAGAGAUUCAAGUCAAAUGGUUUAAAGAGAUCAUGGGAAAGAGAUGGCGCUGGAGAGAGGGAAAUGAGGACCUCAAGGACGGUGACCUGAUUACCCAGGACGAGGAUAUCGAGAAACUCAUCCUUGGCUGA